CCUCGCGCAGCUCCGUUCCGCCCGGCCGCCGCCGCCAUGCAGCCCCCCAGCCUGCUGCUGCUCGUCCUCGGCCUGCUGGCCGCGCCCGCCGCCGCGCUCAUCAGAAUCCCGCUGCACAAGUUCACGUCGAUCCGCCGGACCAUGUCGGAGGUGGCGGGCCCCGUGGAAGACCUGAUCGCCAAGGGCCCCAUUUCAAAAUAUGCCCAGGGGGUGCCCGCUGCGACCGGGGGGCCCGUCCCCGAGAUGCUCAAGAACUACAUGGACGCCCAGUACUACGGGGAGAUCGGCAUCGGGACCCCCCCGCAGUGUUUCACUGUCGUCUUUGACACCGGCUCCUCCAACUUGUGGGUCCCGUCGAUCCACUGCAAGCUGCUAGACAUCGCCUGCUGGAUCCACCACAAGUACAACAGCGGGAAGUCCAGCACGUACGUGAAGAACGGCACGUCCUUCGACAUCCACUACGGCUCGGGCAGCCUCUCCGGGUAUCUGAGCCAGGACACCGUGUCGGUGCCCUGCAACUCGGCUCUGUCGGCCCUGGGCGGCGUCAAGAUAGAGCGGCAGGUCUUCGGGGAGGCCGUCAAGCAGCCGGGCAUCACCUUCAUCGCCGCCAAGUUCGACGGCAUCUUGGGCAUGGCCUACCCCCGCAUCUCGGUCAACGACGUGGUGCCCGUCUUCGACAACCUGAUGCAGCAGAAGCUGGUGGACAAGAACGUCUUCUCCUUCUACCUGAACAGGGACCCGAACGCGCAGCCCGGGGGUGAGCUGAUGCUGGGGGGCAUCGACUCCAAGUACUACAAGGGCUCCCUCACCUACCUCAACGUCACCCGCAAAGCCUACUGGCAGGUCCACAUGGAGCAGGUGAACGUGGGCAGCGGCCUGACCCUGUGCAAGGGGGGCUGCGAGGCCAUUGUGGACACGGGCACCUCCCUCAUCGUGGGCCCCGUGGACGAGGUGCGCGAGCUGCAGAAGGCCAUCGGGGCUGUGCCGCUCAUCCAGGGCGAGUACAUGAUCCCCUGUGAGAAGGUGUCCAGCCUGCCGCAGGUCAGCCUGAAGCUGGGGGACAAGGACUACAAGCUGAGCGCGGAGGACUACACGCUCAAGGUGUCACAGGGCGGGAAGACCAUCUGCCUAAGUGGCUUCAUGGGCAUGGACAUCCCCCCACCUGGGGGGCCACUCUGGAUCCUGGGUGACGUCUUCAUCGGCCGCUACUACACCGUGUUUGACCGCGACGAGAACCGUGUGGGCCUGGCCGAGGCCACGAAGCUAUAGCCGCCCACUGGCGGAAGAGGAGGAGGACCGUGGGAGGGGCCGCCUGCCCCCCCGCCGCCCCCACACACUCAGCUCGCACACUCACGCGCCCGGCUCCAGGCUGCGGCGUGGCGGCCGCUGUUUUGUUCUGUGGUUUGCCCUUCCCUGACUCAGAGUGCCGCCUGUCUGUCUGUCUGUCUGUCUGAUGGAGGGCCAGGGCCCGGGCAGCCAGUGGGCUCAUCAGGGCUCCUUGUCCUCACUCACUCGGACGACCCAGCCUGGCAGCCCAUCAGCUGUGUCCUGCCCCAGCCUGGGCCUGGGGUGGCUGCCAGGGCAGGGCCUCUGGGCUGAGCCCCCCACUCUGCCCCAGGCUGCGUUCCUGGUCCUGUCUACACCCAGCCUGGGGCCCGAGCUGGGCACUGCCACCCCACCACGCAUCCGUCUGUCUCAGGCCCGGCAAUGAGGGGCCAGCUGAGGUCUGAGGACCAGCAGGAAGGAACUGGGAGGGGACAGAUGCCAGCCUUGCGAGGCCUGUGGGUCCUCCUGGGGCUUGGCCCCUCCCCCGGGAGGGCACCGACUGACCGGGGGGGGGGGGGUGCUGGCACCGGCGUUCUCUGAGGCUGCCCCUUGCGUGGCCGGAGCCAAAGCUGACGUGGAAAUAAAGUUGUCGGGGCUC